AUGGCCCAACCGUCGUCCCUGAACACAAACAACCCGUUUCGGCGGAAACAAGCCGGCGCAUUGACGACCUCGAAUCCUCCGAUUUCGCUAGCCUCCGACGCUUUCGCCGAUGCCUUCGACCCUCUUCCUACAUCCCCUUCGUCUUCGCUCGACCCUACACGACCGCCACUCCCGUCUAGCGACGACUUCCGCAACUCCCUCCAGUCUCUCGGCCAGUCCAAUGAACCACCUCCAAAGACAAGUUUCCAGAAACCAAAAGUCGUGAAAAGGGUCCGCGUUCAGUCACCACCGCCAUCUCCUGAGUCAGAGGAAGAACCCGAUACAAAUCCGCCAGUGGAGGAAGAUACAGCCGAAAGUAGCUCAAGUGAUGACCAAGAUGAAGGCGCGGAUCCGUUUGCCCAGGCUGACGAAGUCCCCCCGCCGACGCUAUCACGGCCUGAGUUACCAGGCUCCAGCCAGGUACCGCCAAACCCGUUUGGAAGGACAUUAGAGGACCUGGAGCACCCAAAGAAUGAGCCAACACAGAAUCCCGGUACUGUACCAGGAGGGAAGGGUUCGCUGGACGUUGAUUCCUUCAGACGACUCCUUCUCACAGGCCAAGCGGGAGGACCGGCGCAACCACCACGAACCGAUGGCGCGAGCAUAGCUGAUGCAUCGUCAACUUUGACUGCGCAAGACACGCCCCGGACAUCCCACCAGACUUCGGAACAUGGAAGGGAGGAACCACAAUCACAACGAACAUCAAUAAGCGGUCCCAUACGCCCUACCGCGCAGGCGCCAGCGACGUCGAGGAGCAAAGCACCGCCGCCGCCGCCGCCCAGCUCGAGGCAUGGGAAGCUGAUCAAAGUGGAGCCCAAGGGCGAGGAGAGAUCAGGGACGCCCAGUACCCCGAGACCGUCAUCUUCGUCAUCAUCUGCCCGCGCUUCUCGUGUUCUAGCCUCGCCGUUCUCAGAACAGCCCUCGGACCUGAACACACCACUGCCACCACCGCCGGUAAAGUCUCCAAGCGAGGAAGACGUGGAAAGUUCAUUCGACCGUGAAGCCGCCGCUAAGGUCCCGGAUGUGGGCCAAGAGAUAAACGUACCGACUCCUCAACCGCCAACUCCGCCCAAGCCAACAACGACCUCACCGCCUCCCUCACAAGCAUCGAAAAAACCACCCCCUCCGCCCAGGCGAUCGACUCACGGCCGUUCAGAAAAUGAGGAACCUACGCGCACUUCUGUAGACUCGAUCCGCUCGAGGUCAUCGAGCCUAAAGGUUGCCAGUUCGACCACUCAAGUGAAUGCACCGGCGCCGCCUCCACCCAGAAGGUCGACACAUGGGUCCAGGCCUUCUACUUCUAUAUCUGGAUUGGGAAUUGGGAUCACUUCGCCUGUGGCCCCGUCUGCUGGGGGCGAGGGUACGGAGUUCCCUGGUCUGGCAGCUCAACCAGUCUCUGGAUCAGCGCAGGGUAGCCGGCCCAGCACCCCCGCCAACUCCUCCUCCAACAACCCAGAAACUGCUAGCAUCAGCAGCUUCAGCCAGCCUGGACAUGGCAGGACCUUGAGCGCCCCUUCAACGCCGGGGACUGUGCGCAGGGCGGAUAGCGGGAGGAGCAAAGAGCCGACCGGACUGGCAUCCCCGGCACCGAUUGCCUCGAGUCCGAAUCACGCCCCGCCGCCACCACCCAGACCGCGGCCGAGGGGGAGUAAUAGGCGGUCGGUCUCGGGAAGUGGGAGUGUUGACAGCGGCAAUCCUGCGCCUACGACGGGAACCGUAGAGUCACCUGCGCCUGUUGAAUCAUCUGCUGCUCUAGCCUCGGGAUCAGGCGGUGCGGGUGCGCGGUUUCUGGAAACAUCUUUAGCAUCAGGCGAGGAACCGAGAGGCCUUCCUGAUGGGGAGCUUGCAAGCGGGGACGUCGACGAGGAAGACGUGCUGAGAAGAGAGUCGGCAACUAAGGACAUCCUGGCCGAUUUGGAUGCGUUGCAGAGAGAGGUUGAUGCUUUGCGGGCCGCGCAGGAGCAAAGGGGGACUACUACUACUAUGUGAAUAACCUUGAGGAUACAGAUCAAGACCUCGUAAAGAAAAAAGAGAAGAAGGGAGAGAAUACAGACAGACAGACAGACAGACAGACAGACAGGAAUGGGAAAAACCAAAGAUGGUAUAUACUUGAACCGGGACGGACCGGAAACAGGACGGUCUUGAUACAUACACUAAAGAGCGAGAGAGAAGUAGGCGGGGAUAUAUAGUAAGGUACCUUCACUUUAUAUAAGGGCUAAAGUGAAAAGAUAAUUUGUAUAGUACAUAGCGAGCAUCUGGAGUUUGGAACCUGUUGUUGACUUUUUGUCGAUUUUGAUACAUAAUGGGAGUUGAACAUGUCCACGUG